AUGAGCGCAGCCCCGGGCACCUCCCGCGCCCCGCAGCCGCUGCUCCGCUUCCCCGACGGGGCGGGCGGGCCGGGCGGUGGGCGGGCGGUGGCGGGGGGUCGCGUCCCGGGACCGUGCCCCUGUCCCUGCCCCGGGGGGGGGCCGCGGAAGCGGCGGAGGACCACCUUCAGCCGGGGGCAGCUGUGGGAGCUGGAGAAGGCCUUCGCCGCCGUACCCUACCCGGACAUCGCCACCCGGGAGCGCCUGGCCGAGCUCACCCAGCUGCCCGAGGCCAAGAUCCAGGUCUGGUUCCAGAACCGUCGCGCCCGCAGGAUCCGGAGUGCCAAACCGGAGCCGCCGUUGCCGCUGCCACUGCCCGAGGAGCGGGGGCCCCCCCCAGCACCCCCCGACAGCACCCCCCCAGAAGCUGGGCACCCUUUUCACCCCUCACUGCCCCGUCUGCCUUGGGGGGGCCCUGCCACACCCCGCAGCACGGGCCGGCAGCUCCAACAGCCGCGGGUUGGCCGCAUCAGGAGCUGCUCUGCGUGGGGACGUGGUACGAGCUACACGGAGCCGAGCCGCUGCAAAGCUGAGCCAGGUGCCAACCCCAACGGGACUGUGCCAGACACCAUCAUCUUCCUGAACUGGAAGGGGAAGGGGCUUGCCCCCAAACAUGAGCUGGGUUGGGUGGUGCCACGUGGGUCACGAGGGAAAAAUGUUCUCCCGAAAGCAGACGAGGGAGCAGGCAGGAGCAGCGAGGGCAGGUGAAGGGAGGUUUUGGCAGCAGCAGGAUGUGGAGGGAGGAUUCACGGCUCUGUGGUGUCUUUUAGAUGCCAGGUCUGCGUUCCGCAUAGCGACAGACAUCUCCCGUCGGGCAGGAAGAAGGUUUCAAUCACAUAAUGUUAUUUAUUUCCAAAAUAAAAAGACAGUAACUUCACAGGAGAACAGGAACGGUGGGAGCUAACACCCCUCUCUGUGACGGGGUGGGGAGAGUCCACAGUUCUUCCCUCCUCUGUUCUACAGCUGCAGGACUUUUAAUCCAUGAUUCAUUUCAGGAACAUUAAGGAGCAAGAAGUAAAGGACACAGCCUGAGGAAUGCAGCAGUCUUCCCAGUAGCAGGAGCAGGUACAAACAGAUGGUAGAAGAUAAACCUGCCCCAAAUUAAUGACUCCUGGAGAGGACAAAAGCCUCCAGGAUGAGGGCCGCGGUUCAUGGGCGUUUGUGCGAUUACAG